GUGGGACCACCACCACCACUACUCAACAUCCACCAACUCUCUGUUCAACUUUCUGAUCUGAUCUGCAGCUUUGAAUCACCGGAAACGAUCAAGCUUUCACCGAGAAGUCAUGACGGACUCCGUGAUCAUGGCAGAUGAAGAAGCGGUUGUGGAGGCAGGCUCAUCUGAGAGCCCGCUGGUCGCUGUCACCUUCCAGAGAAACAUCCACAGGAAGGAGAAGUACCUAGAGGCUGAACCCAAAGCUCUUGGGAUCACUCAGAUUGGCCUGAGUCUGUUUCAGAUCGUAUGUGUGAGCGUGUUUGUGGCUAAAGACCUGAUGAGCUUAGAGGGACAAAUACCUUUCUACAUAGCAUCUUUGCUGGUGGUGAUAGCAGGGAGUGUGGCGAUAGCAGCACAGAACCUCCACCUGCCAACGCUGCGGGCCUGUUUGGGGAUGCAGAUUGUGGCUUGUGGCGCCUCCUGCUUCAACAUCAUCCUUUCUGUAACGGAAGUGGGUGGUAUGAUGCCAUCCAUGUGCUGGAACUAUGACUAUGGAAACACCUCAGCACAUAGCGAGAUUUGCCAUAGGAUUGAGAGCACCCACAACCACUUUCAUGCUGAUGGUGCUAUCAUCGCGACGCUUCUGUUUGCCAUCUCAGCUGCUCUGGUCGCCUAUUGCUGCAAGGUGGUCAACUGUUGCUCGCCGGCUCCAAAAAUGCCGGUGAUCACAGUACACACCACCGCUGUCCAACAGUGAGGAAACACAAAGUGAAAGCUGCACUCAUUAAUACUUUUCUGUUAAAGGUAUGGCUGUGUGUAAUGUGAAUGGUCUGCUUGUGACUAUGAACCCACAGAGAUUUAUAACAAACUCUGCUGUUCCUCUCAGCUCUACUGAGCUAUUUAAGCCUCUUUUAGCUCAUUGUUUUGGUUUAUGGUCCACAAAUUCUGUCCUCAUGAACUUUCCUCCUAGCAGCAACAACAGUUGACUGGUGAACACAGGGGGAGCGUUUAGUUUAAAUUCAUUGGUCUAUUUGCUGACACAUUAGCCAUAACAACUUUAAGAGACGACAUGUCAAAUUAAGUGUUUACAGCUUUGUUCUGCUGCUCAUUAGUGACUAUUAUAAAAAAAAAGGAAACCAGUUUUAAGAAAAAUGUAUUAAACUCUUAAAAUUACAAUAUCGCCACACAUAUUACAUAUAUUUGUUUACACUAUAUAAUGUUUUUAUAUGUACUAACUCUUUUUUAACGUGAACUUUAAUUAUAGCAUUCAACUAUUCAAUUGGUUGCAAUCUGCAACUUCACCACUAGUUGCCACUAAAUUCUACAUACUUGUCCUUUAAAGCGUUUCUAUAGUGUCUGACUGUGGCCACAAGUGCCAAGUACAUGACAAUGAUGAAUGCAUAAACACUUUGUAACAGCACUAUAAGUAGAGCAGAGUCAGCUUACUCAGUAAUGUCACAUCUAUAGUUUUCUAACAUCAGCUAACAUAGCUACCAUAAGCUACUGGUCAUACCAGACUGAACCUCCCUAAAGGUGGGUUUUAUUGUAUUCAACAUUUCAUUUUCAGGGUAAAUAGUAAAGUUACAUAGUCUAACUUGAACAUGUAAUUAAUGUCUUUGAAACUAACUUUGUAAAGAAACACAAUUUAAAUAAUAAAACCACUAAUUUAUAUAUAUAUAUAUAUAUAUAUAUAUAUGUGUGUGUGUGUGAGUAUACUGUAUAUAUACAUACACAAACAUAUGUAUAUAUAUAUACAUAUACAUACAUGUAUAUACAUAUACAUAUACAGUAUACAAUGUCCUGUCAUAAAAUUGCAGUUUUUAUAUUGCUAGCUAUUUUGUCUGACUGAAAAAAAAAGUAUAAAGUAUUCUUUGUGAUGUAAAUGAUCUGCAGCAUGUUUACUUUUGUUACAUUAUAACCAGUUGAUAUUUUUUAUGGUUUAUGCAAUAAACAACAUUAACAACUAAUUAGUUACCAAAAUAAAUGUCAUGUAUAAAAAAAACCAUCAUUGUCACUUUCACAACAGUCAUAGCAGGAUAUACACAGAUAAUGAUGACUCAGUAUUUACUCACAUUACAUAGCUUACAGGUCAUGUUUUACAUUCAGUGUAUGCAGCAAAUGUGUUUUAACUUUUACAUUCUUGUUAUAAUUGUCACAAACUGCAUUAAAAAGUAUUUUUUCCCA